CUCGUUUGCGACAACAACGUCAUAACUAAAAAAAAAUGGAUUUUCGAGUUAUCCAUAUAGACAUAUUCAUCUUGAAACGCAGAUUUUUUGGCAAAAGUGUCAUAAUUGUAGUUAAAAAAUUGACCGCUAGAGGCGCUAAAUGUCAUAACGACAUAACAUAAUAUGUACCAACUUCUUUGCGUGAAGACCGUUACAUGUCAGUUGUGCUGUGACCAUCGUUGGGGUAACUACACUCACGCUGUCAUUUAGAGUGUCAUAUUUUGAUUUAGAACUAUGUUAGUACAAAAUGUAAGUACUGAACUUAUGAAUUAUGUUUCAUGCAAUAAUGUGUUAUUUUGAUGUAAUACGUUUUGUCUGCGAACAUAGAGCUCUAUAUUUUACGUCAUUAUUCAAAAUGUGUCAUUAUUGGUAAAAACAAACAGAUCUAUGUUUUACGUCCUAAUUCAAAAUGUGUCAUUAUUGGAAAAAAACCUUGUGAAUAAUAGGUGUUGUAUUUGAGUUAUGACAGUAUUGUUACAAACAUUACCUCGUAUUACAGCAGCACAUUUUUGUUUAACUUAAAUUAUGUCAUUGUUAUUUGAAAAUCUUGCGAAAAACUUAAAAAAGUUAGUGUAUUAUUUACAUUGGUGACAUUGUUGCAACAAAACAUUGUAUUCAUAAAUAUCAUAUUUUUUUCAGAUUAAAUAGGUACCAUGUCAUGUAGAGGAAAACUUAUGCUAGAAUUAGCAUUAAAGGCUAAGGAAAACAGUGAAGAAAACCCUGAGGAAAAUAGUACAGGAUGUGAACUUGCUGUUGACCCUCAAAUCAAUGAUGACCAUCUGCUGCCAUCAGCAAACAUUACGGGUGCAAGCUCUGCUUCAAAUAACAGGAAGUCUUCUUCUAGUAGUGACUCGUCCUCUAGUAGUGACUCGUCUUUUAGCAGUGAAUCAUCUUCUAGCAGUGACUCAGAAACUGAAGAUAUUGACACAGAUGAUUCCGUGAAAGAUAAGGACUAUAUCCCAAGCAAAGAGGAAGAAGAGAGUUUUAACCUUGAAGAGAAGGACGCAGUUGAUAAAAUUCCUGUACUAGUUAGUCCGCAAAAGGGACGUAAACGUAAACAGCACCUGAGUCAAUGGAAGAAACAUAAAGCGAAAAAAUUAAGGAACUCUGGAAAGGCUUAUAUAAGCAAAAAUAAGAAAAUAAGACCAGAAAGGAAAAUGAAACUGCCAUGUGGAAAUAAAUGUCGAAUUAAAUGUUCAGAACAGAUAAAUGAAGAAGAAAGUCAAAAACUCUUUGACUCUUAUUGGGCAUUAGGAGACAUUGCUCAACAGUGGCAGUUCAUUUCAAACUGCAUUAAAACUGUUAGAUCUAAAUACAGGUAUGUUCGUGACGGAGGCAACCGUCAACCUAGGAACAAUAACAGUUCCUUUCACUUCAUGGUUGGUCAGAAUGAAAUUCGUGUUUGCAAACUUUUUUUCAAGAACACACUUGAUAUCAAUGACCGGCCAAUAAGAACAGCUUUAGUAAAGCAAAGCAGAGUUGCUAAUGUUCUUAUGGAACCUGAUAAGAGAGGCCAACAUGGUAAUCAAGUAACUGUUGAUCCUGAAAUUAGGAAAGGCGUCAAGGCACAUAUUGAGUCUAUCCCUCAGAUAGAGAGUCACUAUACGAGAGCUACAUCAAGUAGGACAUUCAUAUGCGGCUCUAAAACAAUUGCAGAAAUUCACCGCGAUUAUGUUGAGAAGUCCAAACAACAAAAGGUACCUUAUGCCAAUUACACUCUGUUUUAUCGCAUUUUUACCACAGAGUAUAAUAUUUCUUUUUUUGUUCCUAAAAAGGACCAAUGCGAUGUUUGUUCAUCUUAUCUUAAUGCAGAGAAUGAAGAACAUAAAGAUAAAACUGAGAGUGAAGCAGUUGUUGCUGUUUAUGACCUUCCGGCUUUCCUGGGGUGUAGCAGAGUGGUCCACAAGAUGAUUCCUAACCACCAGGAGGUGACGGAACUAAGAGUAUGA